GUGACACACGUACCCAACAUGGCGGCUGUCUCUGUUUUUCAGAGAGUGAGAACAGGGUCUAAAAUUGGUGCUCAGUACGAUCAGGAGGGGAACAUCAUUCAGGUUGAGACGCGUGAAGAUGAGGAACAGAGCAUCAAGCUGGCUGAAAUCUUGGAGCUGUUACUCGCGGCUGGUUAUUUUAGAGCACGCAUCAAGGGACUCUCACCAUUUGAUAAGGUGGUUGGAGGGAUGACAUGGUGUAUCACAACGUGCAACUUUGACAUAGAUGUUGAUCUGCUUUUUCAAGAAAAUUCCACCAUCGGUCAAAAGAUAGCUUUGACGGAGAAGAUUGUUUCUGUGCUGCCCAGAAUGAAGUGCCCUCACAGACUAGAGCCCCAUCAGAUCCAGGGGCUUGACUUCAUCCACAUCUUCCCUGUCAUACAGUGGCUGGUGAAGAGAGCGAUAGAGACUCGGGAGGAAAUGGGAGAUUAUGUGCGCUCAUACUCCAUCUCUCAGUUCCAGAAAACACACAACUUUCCUGAGGAUGAGGAGUUUGAGCAGAGGAAACAAAAAGCAGUGAGGACAGUAGAGGAGGUGUCUGAAGUGUAUGCUCCUCAGAGGCGAUAUAAACGGCAGGCUGAUGCAGGAGAGCUGCUGGAUGAGGAGUCCAGAGUUCAUUCCACCCUGCUGGAGUAUGGCAGUCCAUGCCUAACCAUUUCCUUCUACCUGCAGCGUUAUGGAUUUAGCAAGCACUCAAAACAAGACAAAGCAGAAGAGAAGAAGCUGCUAAUGGCUCAUGGUACACAAAGUGUCCCCCCUGGCAUGGCUGAAGUGUCGGAAGAGGAGGACCUUCAAGCAGCUGAGGAGCUCAGAAUCAAAGCCCUGAUGACUGGCAUGGCUGCCAUGGCAACUGAGGAGGGAAGGUUGACCGCUAGCACAGUGGGGCAGAUUGUGGGCCUGCAGUCUGAAGAAAUAAAGCAGAUUGCUUUUGAGUACGCUGAGAAGGCAGAGCGCUCUGCAGAGGAUCGUCCGGAGCGUUAUGGCCCUGUGCAGCAGCAUCGUCGCAUGGUUGCAUCACUCAACAAACAGAUCCAACAGAGGACCAAAGAGCUGGAGGAGAUGGAGGCCAGGCAGCAGGAAGUGAGAGCUGCCUGUGAGGAGGCCAAGAGCAAACUAACUGAGGCCACAGAUCUGGGUGAGAAUUUGGAGAGAGAGCUAAGUGCUCUUGCAGAUGUGGAGGCUCAGGCUGACUCUGGUCUGCUUGAGAAGUUGCGUGCUCUGGUGGCCAUGAAUGAGAAUCUGAAACAACAGGAGCAGGAGUUCCGCACACACUGCCGCGAGGAGAUGACGCGGCUGCAACACAGUAUUGAAGACCUGAAGAUGGAGUUUGGCGAUGAGGCUGAUGAUCAGAAGGAGAGGAGUCGGCUGAUAGAUCAGCAGUACAAUACAGACCGGGAGAAGCUACAGAAGAUCCGUCUGCUGAUGGCUCGGAGGAACAGAGAGAUUGCCAUCCUGCAGAGGAAGAUCGAUGAGGUUCCCAGCAGAGCUGAGCUCACACAGUACCAGAAACGCUUCAUUGAACUGUACAGCCAAGUCUCCGCAACACACAAAGAGACCAAACAGUUCUUCACUCUCUACAAUACUCUGGAUGACAAGAAGGUGUAUCUGGAGAAGGAGGUGAAUUUGCUAAACUCCAUCCAUGAUAACUUCCAGCAGGCCAUGGCAUCAUCAGGAGCUAAAGAGCAGUUCCUCAGGCAGAUGGAACAGAUUGUGGAAGGAAUCAAGCAGAAUAGAAUAAAGAUGGAGAAGAAAAAGCAGGAGAAUAAGAUGAGGCGAGACCAGUUGAAUGAUGAUUAUCUCGAACUGCUGGACAAACAGAGACUCUAUUUCAAAACUGUUAAAGACUUUAAAGAGGAGUGCCGCAAGAAUGAGAUGCUGCUGUCCAAGCUGAGGGCGAAGGGGGCAUCCUAAUGGUCUGUUUCAAACUCAGUAGCUUUUCCAGUGUAGAACCUGUGGGUCUUCAGGUUUGCUGCUUGUAUUCCAGUGUCAGGUGAAGCCCUGUGCUUUUACAGGUGCUUGACCCUUCAAGCCAGCAGACAGUAACAGGAUUCAUCAAACUGAUAGCAUUUGUGCUCCAUGUGCAUACAUAUUGAUAUGUGGGCCAUUUGUGAAUGUCUGAUAUUAGUUAUUAAAAACAUUGUUUAAUAUAGCUUUCAUUUGUAUGGAACGAGAUGGGACUUGAGGCAUUAUCUGAUUUCCCUAGUAGACCUGUGCUUUCAGGACUCCUGUGUACUUAAACAUGAACAUUAACACAAUCUGUGUUUGUGCGUUGCUUACUUAAAUCAGCUACCCUAUUUGACUCUUUGUAUCUGAUGUCAAGCGAAUAAAUGAUUAUUUGCAUCUUCA